GACUAACUUGGCACUCUCAACAUUUGGAGGGGGUCUUAUUUUUUGCCUUUUAUUAAAUUCUUGUCAUUUGUAUUGAAACCAGCUUUUAGAGUAACCCACUUCUCUUCCUUUCUUUUUCCUACCCCUGGAUCUUUUUCUACCUUCAUUUGGAUCCUAAACUUUUGCAUUCUGGUUCCUAGUUUCUUGAUUCAGAGAGCUAUCCUUCCCCUCUAUCUCCCCCUGCACUCCUAUUUGUCUCCCAUCCCUUUUAGCAUUUUCUCUGGCUAUGCACCAUGUUGUCCUCCCCUACUGUGAUCCUUCAGCCCUACGGACUCCCUGUUUACCCCCAGACAGCUACCUGCUACCCCAGCAUAGUACAGGGUGCCAUCGCCCAAGAGGCGGGGCCAGGCAAUGGUGACCCCUCACUUCCUCAGGUCUAUGCCCCACCCCCUUCAUAUCCUCCAACUGGUCAAGCCCCACCCACAACUGUUGCCAGGCUGACACCCCUUGAUUUCAACCCCGCCCAUCUCAGCUCAGAAUAUUCAGAUCAUCACCAGUUAAGAGUCUACCAGGGCUCUCAACAUGACGGGAUGCAGUCUAUAACUGCUAAUAACACGGAAGAUUCUUUGGCUCCAGUGAUAUCUGACCAUCAGUCUCUUAAUGUUUCUGUGGUACCUGGGACCGGGACAGGAAGUGGAAGUGAGGAGGAGGGGGCUGGUAAGGCCCAACCCAAAAGACUCCACGUGUCUAACAUCCCAUUUAGGUUUCGUGACCCAGACCUGAGGCAAAUGUUUGGGCAAUUUGGCCAGAUUCUAGAUGUGGAGAUCAUUUUUAAUGAGAGAGGAUCCAAGGGUUUUGGGUUUGUGACAUUCGAGACUGCAGUGGAAGCUGACCGAGCGAGAGAGAAGCUCAACGGAACGAUUGUUGAGGGAAGGAAGAUUGAGGUGAACAAUGCCACAGCGAGGGUGGUGACAAAGAAGCCCCAGACACCUUUAGUGAACACUGCUGGGUGGAAGAUCAAUCCAGUAAUGGGAGCGAUGUAUGCUCCUGAACUUUAUACAGUCACCAGCUUUCCUUAUCCUAUGCCCACACCAACCUUGGCCUACAGAGGUUCUGCCCUCCGUGGGCGUGGUCGAGCAGUCUACAAUACCAUCCGGUCAGCUGCAGCAGCUGCAGCCACACCAGCUGCAUUACCAGCCUAUCCAGGGGUGGUAUAUCAGGAUGGAUUGUACAGUGCUGAGGUUUAUGGAGGAUAUCCAGCCACAUACCGAGUGGCCCAGUCUGCCUCAGCCACCACAACAGCCACAUACAGUGAUGGACACCAAGAGCUUGGUCUGAAGUUGUUGAAUUCAACACAGUGCAAAAUGCCAAAAACUGAUAUGGGAGAGUCUACGCCACAGCAACAGACCCCUACCAUCACUCAGUGGGACCUACCACAUCUUAUGGAGUUGGCACAAUGGCAAGUUUGUACCGUGGAGGCUACAACCGUUUCACUCCGUACUGAACUGAACUAAUCUGUGACUGCAACCCACUUCCUUUGUGAUUGUCUGUUGCUGACAAUGACGCUCUUCUCCUAUGUGAACCCCUGACUUCUGAGGAACUGUUUGACUUUGAGAUUAUAAAUAAUGCGGCUGACACUUUGCAAUUUAUAGCAGAAAGAUGAAUCCAGCCUGAAAGCAUUAAGAAUGAUAUAUAUGGAUGUUUAUUUAAGUCUGAAUGCAAGGGAAAAAAUGGGAGAAAACAAAAGUUCACAUGCUUGCUUAACAGAAGCACAGUGUCAAGCUGAUGAUGUUGUUGUUAUCUAUGUACUGAUACUAUUAAAGGGAUAGUUCACCUGAAAAUGAAAAUUCAGUAAUCAUUCACUCAUCCCUAUGACUUUCUUUCUUUUUAUGUAACCCAACACAUUUUUACAGGCAGAUGUUAGGCAGAAUGUUAGGCCUCAGUCACCAUCCAUUGUAUGGACAAAAGAUGCAAAUUAAGUUAAUGGUGACUGAAGUCCCUACGGUUCGACUAAACUCGACUCUGCUCGCUUUACUUUUCUGAGCUUGCUUUUCCACUGCAGUUUAGUGCUGCCUUAACGUGUGUGGGAUUAUAGGCUGAUCGUCAUAGUUGUGCCGCCUCUAUUGCCGUGACAUCAUCUUAAACAUGACACAAACAUUACUAACCAUAAACAAUAACACGACCACUAGCUGUUAGCUACUAGCUCAUUAUGCUGCAUAAAGCAGUUGUUGCAUGGUGAUUUUACACAAGUGUAACAGUUAAAUUGGCCUGGUUGUUUUAGAAGCAAGCUUUUCAGUAUCUGGUCAACUAAAUAAAGUGAAGCUAUCAAGCAGAAUAUAGUGUUAACGUAACAAAACGUACCAUCCUCCAUCGUGGACUCCAAAAACGCUGUGGCCGAGUCCGGGGCACUCUCCCUCCCAUUGCCAUAGAUAGCAUCCAUUUGGUCGAACCACUUCCAUUUUUUCUAUUUGAACCACUCUGGCUGUUGUGGUCCUUGAUGGUUCUGUAGUCACUUUUACAUUUUUGUUUUACUUUUCCCUACACUGUUGGUAGGUCCAGUGGUAGCCAACAGCUGAGACACUCCCUGAAAGACUUUAACGUGCCACGUCGUUUCGUUCGUCGCUAACGAGAGGAACGUCUGCACCUCAUUUAUUGAUCACGCCGUGGUUUUGCGCACAGACAUUUCUUUUUACAAUUCGAAAAUCGCAUGAACAAAUGAUAAUGCUAUCGCUGCAGCUAACUUUAAAAAUAGCGGGUUGAUGUCCUGUGUUGCAAAUCCAGUGACACUGGUAGUGACGAUUCUCUCUGACAAAUCAGUGAGCAGCAGGGUUUUGACGUCACAUUUAGUAUUGGCUCGGCUGGCUUGGAACCUCGACAGAGGUGGUACUAAAAAAGUACCAGGUACUAUCCACAUUGGAAAACCCCCCAAAAAUUGAGAAGUCAAGUACAGCUGUACCAUGCAGUGGAAAAGCCCCUAAAGUGUGCACACUUGAUGAUGGAAUUUUCCUUUUUGAGUGAACUAUCCCUUUAAUGGUGCAGUUAUAGAGUUGUAAUAUGCUAACAAAGCCUCACAGGUAUAUGGUAGGCCUUACAAUGAGGAUAUUGAUUACAAAAUAGUGUCAUUUUGUUAAAAAAUUCAUAUUUUUGUUCAAAAUCUGGGUUGAAUUAUGAUAUAUAAUAUGUUCAUAGCCAUAUUAUAUCUGGAACUGUCCCCAGAGGGAAAUAUGUAGAACACUGAACCUGUCUAGUAUGUAUAGAUCUGAGUUUGUGUUGGUGGUUAUGUGUGUGUGUGUGUGUGUGUGUGUGUGUGUGUGUGUGUGUGUGUGUGUGUGUGUGUGUGUGUGUGUGUGUGGUGUGGUGUGUUGGAGAGUAUUUUGAGUGGGUGUAUUUUUACAGCUAUCAGCUAUUUUAAUGCAAUACUGUGGGAUAUAGCACUGGCAUUGGUGUGGGUGAUUUGUUCUCUCUCAAUACAAUCUACCUCUAAAUAUCUCUUUAUUCUAUUCUUUUGCAAACCUCUCAUUAUUUUCCAGUGGGGCAAUUUCUAUAUCUUCAUUAUGGAUGGCUUGCUUGCAUGUUUUUUUUUUUUUUUCAUCUGUGGUCCUUUCCUCUCAAAUUCUUACUCAUUUCCUGUCAUAUCUUGUUGUAUCAUGGUCCAUUUGUCUUGCUCCUUUCUCUGUUUCUUGUCUGCUGCUUCAAAUGCUGUUUUUACUCCAGUAAUAAAACCUAAUUUUCAUCUUUAAUAUACUUUUUAGUUAUCACUUACUCUCUUCAUACUUCUUGUCAUCAGAUGUGCUUUACUUCCCUUCUGCUUUCAAAGGCUUUCUUCUUUCUAGCUAUCUAAAGGCUUGUCCUCUAUGAUAAUGCAUUUAAUAGCGGAAUAAUACAAUUCCUGUAGUACUCUUAACCAGGGGAAUCUGCCUUAAAUAUAUUAAAAGGAAUUAUCAAAGUUAUUUAAUUAGUUAUUUGCUAUUUAAUUAUAAAACACAAUAAAGUCAUACAAUUCACUUCUGAUUCACAUUAGGUCAUUUUGGAUUCAAAAUGGAAAACUGAUUCAUAAAUGUGAUUUAUUUUACAGAAUAUUUAAAGUAUUUUAGUGAACUGUCCUAUAAAACGGAUUCUGUGCCUUUUUAUAGCUCUUUUCUUUCAUUUCUUUUUUCUAUCUAUUACUUUUUUCCUUUUCUUUCUUCCUUUAUCAGGACUUUCUGUCACUCUUUCUUUCCUUCCUUCUUUUGGCCUUCUUUCCAUUUCCUUCUUUUUUCCUUAGACAGUCUUUCUUUUUUUUCUCUUUCUUUCUUUCUUAUUUAUAUAUUUAGUUCUUUAGUAAUAUAAUUAAUUAUCUGAUAUUUAAUUAUAAAGUCACAGUGAUUAUAGACAGAAAUCAGAUUUAUAUAUUUCACUUCUGAUCCACAUUAGGUCAAUUUGAAUUCAAAAUGUAUAUCUGAUUCAUAAAUGUGGUUUAUUUUACAGAAUAUUUAAAGUCUUUUAGUGAGCUGUCAAACUCUUUAUGUGCCUUUUUAUAGCUUUUUUCUUUCUUUUGUUUUUAGCUAUCUUUUUUCUUUCUUCCUUCUACAGAACUUUCUGUCACUCUUUCUUUCCGUCCUUCUUUUGUUCUUGUUUCCAUUUCCUUCAAAAGUUUUCCUUUCUUUCUUUCUUUCUUUCUUUCUUUCUUUCUUAUUUAUUUAACAGUGAUUAUAGACAGAAAUCAGAUUUAUACAUUUCACUUCUGAUCCACAUUAGGUCAUUUUGGAUUCAAAAUGGAAAACUGAUUCAUAAAUGUGGUUUAUUUUACAGAAUAUUUAAAGUCUUUUAGUGAGCUGUCAAACUCUUUAUGUGCCUUUUUAUAGCUCUUUUCAUUCUUUUGUUGUUAUCUAUAAUUUUUUUCUUCAUUCUUCAGGAAGUUUUUCCUUCCUUCUUUUGUACUUCUUUCCAUUUCCUUCUUUUUCAUUUGAAAGUCUUCUUAUCCUUCUUUCUUUACAUCUUUCUUUCUUAGUUCAGAACUUUCCAUCACUCUUUCCUUUCCUGUCUUUAAACCCUUCAAUCCAUUUCUUUUCUGUCUUCCUGCCUGCAUUCAAUAAUUGUUUUUCUCUUAAUCCUAUUACCUUAAUUUAGGCCUUUCUUCACUUUGUAAAAUAUUUCUGCCUCUUCAGUUUCCCUUCUUUGGCUUUGCUAUGUCUUUUACUAUGCUUUAAAAGUGUAUUAUUACAUUUUUUAUAACUGUUUUCCAACUAAUUUUGCCCCUUUAGUUCUAUCUCUUCUUUUCAUAACUCUUUUCCUUCUCAAUAUUUUCUCUACAAUUAUUAACUCCAUAUUGCCUGACAAGUUUGUUUGUUUUUUUUUUCUCACUUUUUCUUCCUUUUGUGCUCUUUUUCUACUCUAGGUUUUCUUGCAUUUUUCUUAGCUUUCAUUUAUUUACUUAAUAAUUUUCUUGCUCUCUCUCUCUCUCUCUCUCUCUCUCUCUCUCUCUCUCUCUCUCUCUCUCUCUCUCUCUCUCUAUUGCUUUCUUUCUCAAGA